AAUAAAGAAACCCUAGCAACAGUCGCUGCCAAUAUAUAGCGCCACCCAUCUCGCCCGAGCCGCCACCUCUGAGUGCUCCCGCCCCGCCGCCAUCUCCUUCCAUCGAGUUUGGUAGCUAAGCAGUUCAGCCAUGGGUAAGGAGAAGGUACACAUUAACAUCGUGGUCAUUGGCCAUGUCGACUCUGGCAAGUCGACCACCACUGGCCAUCUGAUCUACAAGCUUGGAGGUAUUGACAAGCGUGUCAUUGAGAGGUUCGAGAAGGAAGCCGCUGAGAUGAACAAGAGGUCAUUCAAGUACGCGUGGGUGCUUGACAAGCUCAAGGCUGAGCGUGAGAGGGGUAUCACCAUUGAUAUUGCCCUCUGGAAAUUCGAGACAACCAAAUACUACUGCACAGUCAUUGAUGCCCCUGGACACCGUGACUUCAUCAAGAACAUGAUUACUGGUACCUCCCAGGCUGAUUGUGCUGUGCUCAUCAUUGACUCCACCACUGGUGGUUUUGAGGCUGGUAUCUCCAAGGAUGGCCAGACCCGUGAGCACGCACUCCUUGCAUUCACUCUUGGAGUGAAGCAGAUGAUCUGCUGCUGUAACAAGAUGGAUGCCACCACUCCAAAGUACUCAAAGAGCCGUUAUGAGGAAAUUGUUAAGGAAGUCUCUUCAUACCUGAAGAAGGUUGGCUACAACCCUGAGAAGGUGCCGUUUGUCCCCAUCUCUGGUUUUGAGGGUGACAACAUGAUUGAGAGGUCCACCAACCUUGACUGGUACAAGGGCCCAACCCUGCUUGAGGCGCUUGACCAGAUCAAUGAGCCCAAGAGACCCUCGGACAAGCCCCUGCGUCUUCCCCUCCAGGAUGUUUACAAGAUUGGUGGCAUUGGAACUGUGCCUGUUGGACGUGUUGAGACUGGUACCAUCAAGCCUGGUAUGGUUGUGACCUUUGGUCCCACCGGUCUGACCACUGAGGUAAAGUCUGUUGAGAUGCACCAUGAGUCCCUCCUGGAGGCGCUCCCUGGUGACAAUGUUGGCUUCAACGUCAAGAAUGUUGCUGUGAAGGAUCUCAAGCGUGGGUUUGUGGCUUCCAACUCCAAGGAUGACCCUGCCAAGGAGGCUGCCAGCUUCACCUCCCAGGUCAUCAUCAUGAACCACCCUGGUCAGAUCGGCAAUGGCUACGCCCCAGUGCUGGACUGCCACACCUCCCACAUCGCUGUCAAGUUUGCUGAGCUUAUCACCAAGAUUGACAGACGAUCUGGUAAGGAGAUUGAAAAGGAGCCCAAGUUCUUGAAGAACGGUGAUGCUGGUAUAGUGAAGAUGAUUCCCACCAAGCCCAUGGUUGUGGAGACCUUCGCCACCUACCCUCCUCUUGGUCGUUUUGCUGUGCGUGACAUGAGACAAACUGUUGCUGUUGGUGUCAUCAAGGGCGUGGAGAAGAAGGACCCCACUGGUGCCAAGGUUACCAAGGCUGCUGCCAAGAAGAAAUGAGCAGUUCAGUGCCUGAUGCCUAGCAUCAGUGUGCUAAGUUUUGUUCCUGGUUGUAUUGCUAUAGCAAUUGAGACGUCAAGCCAGUAUCUAGUCUGUCGUUUAAGUACUGUAAUUUCUCUUUAAACAUUCGGCAAAACUCCUGUUAGUGAGUCUGAUUUGUGGCCUGGCAAAACUCAUGAUAGCUGAGUCUGAUUUGUGGCCUGGCAAAACUCUUGUUACCUUAGUCUGAUUCGUGACCUGUCUACUCUAGUUUUCUCAUUUUCUGCUUUUCACGAUAUGCAAAACUUGCCUGUUUUUUGUUCAA